AAAAAAAAAAAAAGGCAACUUGCGUGGUGUGAAAAAAAAAAAACCGACCAUUCAAAUCGUACCAGUUAAAAAACCCUCUUUGCUCAGUUUGUUCUUUUUUUUCUUCUUCUCUUUUUCUUUCUUUUACUUUUGUUUAUUUGUAUACCUUUUCUUUUACAUCGUUCUGCUAUAUCAUCGUUUGGAUGCUCCAUCUUCAGCAGCGGUACAGUUUGAUCACGCCUGAUAGGUCCACUCCUUCGAGUCCCACCCUGUCACCGGCAGUUGUCACACAUACCACUGCAACGAGUGUUCCGCAACGUCACUCCUACGACCAGUCCAUGGUGGAUCUGACCGAACUGUCCAGACUCCUACAGAAAGCUCAAGCCAAACCGGCCAGACCGCGUUCUCAACUUUUCCAAACUUCCAAACCGCCUUCACCCACCUCCUCGGCCUCGUCCUCCUCCAGUUCUCCGCAACCAACCAAUACCAAAUCCAAUCCAUCUCCCUUCAAAUUACCCAGCAACAAUCCCCGCCCUCCAAUCACCCACCGUCCCGCCAGCACCGCUUGUUCCACUCCUUCUCAGUUCAUCUUUAAAAAGCCGGAGUACGAUCACCAAUACCAUCAGACUCACUUUCACCGUCAAUCCAGUCAGGACCGCAAGGAUUUCUUAUUGGCAUGGUCCGAUCUGCGCCGAUUUUUUGUAACCGAAUCCACCCAUCCUCCUCGUGCCCCCUCUCCUUCUUCAUCCUCCACCUCUCAGCAACGCACUCCUGAAGAGGAGUUGAAACGAUCUGACAAUUUUGCUAACCAAUUUCGUCAAAACAUCGGCGGUCGUUAUGGCACUUGGGGACGCUACAUCGGCAAGGGCGCAGGAGGAUCGGUCCGCUUGAUACGCCGUUCAGCCGAUCAAAAGACAUUUGCCGUCAAACAAUUUCGCAAACGGUUGCCUCACGAAAGCGAAAAGGACUAUGUGAAAAAGGUGACGGCGGAAUUUUGUAUUGGAUCAACAUUACACCAUCCCAAUAUCAUCGAAACCUUGGACAUCAUUCAAGAGGGCCCGCAAUUUUAUGAAAUCAUGGAAUAUGCUCCCAAUGAUCUGUUCAACGUCGUCAUGAGUGGUAUGAUGUCGCGCGAAGAAAUUGCAUGCUGUUGGCGUCAGCUCCUGCAAGGUUUAGAAUAUCUCCACAGUAUGGGCAUUGCUCAUCGCGAUCUCAAGCUUGAUAAUCUCGUUCUCGAUCACAUGGGCAUCUUGAAAAUCAUCGAUUUUGGAUGCUCCAGUGUAUUCAAAUACCCAUUUGAAGAUACCGUCACAUUUUCCAAAGGCAUCUAUGGCUCCGAUCCUUACAUCGGUCCCGAACAAUAUACCCAACCCACGUACGAUCCAAGACUGUCAGAUGUAUGGUCAUGCGGUAUUAUCUUUGUUUGCAUGACAAUUCGUCGUUUCCCUUGGCGUUAUCCUCGUUGCUCGGAUCCCUCGUUUCGCGCCUAUGCUACCAAUCAGAAUCAACAGCAGUUCAGGUUGUUGAAAGUUUUACCCCGCGAAGCAAGACCGGUCAUGGCCGGUAUUCUCGACAUUGAUCCUAAACGUCGCUCUACUUUGAGUACCGUGCUAGCCGACAGCUGGGUUCAAGAAAUCGAUGUUUGCAAUGUGUCUCACCCUGGCCAUCGUCACGUUCAUCAUGUCUUGGUCCCGCCUUCCCAGAGUCACCAGCGAGAUAAUCUCGUAGUAGUCACCCCUGAACCACCAGGCGUCGUAGCAGAAAAAGAGAAACGCAAACGCAUGAUUCAUUCCGUCUCUCCCAGUCCCCUUGCCAAUAGUCGACCAGCCUCUCCUGCCGGUAUACCAAAAACCCCAGUAUCCGAAAAACCUGCAUUCUAAUACCUUUUCAUCAAACACUAUCCCCCACAACCCCAUCAUCGAUGAAAAAAAAAGAACCUAAAAAAAAGAACCUAAAAAAAAGGACAAGAAAAAAAAGCAGUAAAAAUUCUUCACUGUAUUCCCAUUUCAUCUUGUAACAUAAAUGCUUGCGCAGCGUUCAUUUUUCAUCAUUUACAUCUUAUUCAUUUUCCCAUUCUUAUCCCUUUUUUCUAUUCAUCGAUUCAACUAUUUACUUUAUAUAAAAACAUCAUUUUUUUAUGCUUUACCACUUAUUUACCUGCUUGCUUAGUAUAAAAACGAUCCGUAGUGUAUAAAAAAAAAAGCAAGUAGUCUACCAUGCU